UUGCGCACGCAGCUAUUGUAUGGAACCUGUUCAAAAUAAGCACAGUGCUUACUACAACUAAGUGGACUUGUUGAAGGAUAUUUAUAACAUAUAGGCUUUACGAAUCGAAUUCGGAUGAAGAGCUGAUACAUAGUUUUUCACAGACGAUGACAAGUGCGGUUCCCCCUGGAAAAAAAGCCGCACUAUGCCGCUAUUACUUAAACACGGGGUCAUGUAUUUAUGGGGAUGAGUGUCAAUUUCUACAUCAAGCCCCUCCAGGAAUGCAAAAUUCGUAUUCGAACGGACCCAGUUCCUCAAAUGGAGAACCAGGUCUGGAGUCCAUGCCUAACAAUGGGGAUCAGUAUUUCAAUGCUACCUUUGGUUCCAUACCAGAGUUUCAGCCUUUCUCAGGGAGACAAAGGCCAAGAUCAAGAAACGUCGUACUUGGAUCCCUGUCCCAGAAUGCCAAGCCAUUUGUCCCCGCAGGGCCACCGGGUCCCCCUGGGCCUGGGGGGUUGGAUCAAAACAUGGCCAAUGACUUUCAAGCGUUGAACCUGGCAGGAACCCCUGUUCCCCCCGGGAAGGGUACCCCGGCUGACUUUGUGAAGUCAGCAGCAUCUUUGUCUCACAGUUCCAGCACUCCAUCUUUCACUACGUACUCUUCCAUGUUCAACACUUCCACGUCAUCCACUCCCACCAGUCACAUAGCUGCCAGUAGUGCUUAUUUGUUUCCAGUUUACUCAUCUGCCAGUCCAAAUCACAGCCCUGGUAUAUCUCCAAGUGGUUCCCCACUGACGCUGAGAAGAACUGCAUCGCCUGUGGCGCCGCUGCGACAGACCACAGUGCCCCAGAAACCUCAGCAGCACCCACAGGCACCGGGGGGAGGACCAGGGGGCGCCGGUGGACCUGGUGGACCUGGUGGACCUGGAGGACCUGGAGGACCUGGACCUGGAGGACCUGGAGGGGGAGGGGGCACAAUCCAAGAAAACUUUGGAGGGACAACAUACUUCUACCAUCCUGAUGAUUUUGCUCCUCAGUAUGAAGGAGUGCAAUUGCCAAAUUUCACCAUGUACCCAGGGCUGCCUCCCCACAUUGCUCACAUGAAGGUCAAGGUCAACAUGCCACAGUUCUUCAUGCCUGAUGAAAUCAAGAUGGAACUUCUUAACAGACAUGCCUUAACACUGGCACAAAUUGACCCUACUCAGAAUCCAGAUGUACCGACGGAGGUGGACAACUACCACAACUUGUUUCCCCUGGAGCCGCCGCCCACCACGCAGCUCCCCAAGUCCAGUACCUUCACAUAUCCCACCACCUGCUAUAAGGCUCUCAACACCAAAGAUGGACUUACAUACUGUCUUAGAAGGGUUCAUGGCUUCCGAUUGGCUAACGCAAAGUGUAUGCCGCUGAUUGACAUGUGGAAGAAGAUGUUUCAUCCCAACAUUGUGCAAUUGAAGGAGGUCUUCACCUCUAAAGCUUUCGGUGAUAGCUCUAUUAUCUUUGUGUACGACUACUUCCCUGGAGCCGAGAACCUGAUGUCACGCCAUUUCAACACACCUCCCACAAUGAAUGGCUACAGCAGUCCCUUCCAGGGUGGGGAAGGGCCUCCACCAGGAGCCGGUGCCCGCCCCUACAGUGCUGGCAAAGGGACAGGAGCAAAUGCCAACAACUCGGGCAUGAACGGCCCUCGCCAACACGCUGGUCUGCUACCCGAGUCGCUCAUCUGGACCUAUGUUGUCCAACUGAGUUCAGCACUCCGUGCCAUACAUGCCACUGGCCUUGCCUGCAGAGCCCUCGACCCUACCAAGAUCCUUGUCUACAGCAAGUCCAGGAUGCGCCUGAACUGCAUGGGGAUCAUGGAUGUGCUGACCUUUGACAGUAACCAGGCCAACCCACUAGCAUUGAUACCACACUACCAGCAAGAGGAUCUUGUUGCCCUCGGCCGCAUCUGUCUGGCACUGGCCUGUAACAACAUCAUGGGGGUACAGCGAGAUCACCUGCCAGCCGCCAUGGAUCUUGUUGCCAGGAACUACUCACCUGACCUGAAAAAUCUCAUCUUGUAUCUUCUGACCAAUCAGAAUAGACCAAGAAGUAUCAAUGACGUGAUGCCAAUGAUUGGAGCCCGAUUCUUCACUCAGCUUGAUGCUGCUCAACUUCGAACGGAUGUGUUGGAGAAUGAGUUGGCCAAGGAAGUUGAAAAUGGCCGCCUAUUCCGUCUGCUGGUGAAACUUGGUGCAAUUAACGAGAGACCUGAGUUCAACAUGGACCCGAGUUGGUCAGAGACUGGAGAUCGCUACAUCUUGAAGCUGUUUCGUGAUUACCUGUUCCACCAAGUGGAUGAGAGUGGUGCACCAUGGAUUGAUCUUGCUCAUGUCAUUCAGUGUGUCAAUAAGGUUGAUGCAGGUGUCCCAGAGAAGAUUUGUCUGAUGUCGAGAGACGAACAGAGCAUCCUUGUCGUGUCCUACGCUGAAAUCAAAAGAUGUUUUGAGAGUGCUUUCUCUGAGCUGCUGAAUGCCGGGCACCAGCCGUCCCCGUUCUCAUAGCAAGGAGGAAUCCCCUGAAUGCAGCCAACCGCCAUUCCUGAGGCAGCACACUCGAACAAAGGAAGAGUGCUGCGUUUUAGUCAGACUAUAUCAAUUCAGUCAUAUUUGUUUGUGGAGAGAUCUCACCAAGUAUUGAAGAAUAUGUCUAUUGUAUUGCUUUCUGAUUUCAGAAGAAAGUGAUUUUUCUCUGCUUUCUGGUUUAUACAGAAAGCAUGUUUUCCUUCAAGAUAAGGGCUUAUCUCUGUUUAUAUAUCAAUUGUCAUUGUACAUCAUACUUGUGUAUAAUGUAGGACAUCAGAUUGGCUGCCUGGCAAUACUGUAUUUAUACAAUGAUCAUUUUUUAAAUGAUUUAAAAUGUGACUGUAUAUUUAUCCUGUGCUAGUGGCUGCAGAUGUGAAAAGAAUGUUGCCCCAGAACUGAUGGAUAAAAUGAAAUGUAGAGUCUUCUUGUUGGAUGAAACUGCCACAUUAAUUUGUGAAUAGACUCAUAUAUCACAUCGAUGAACAUUUCAUGUACAUAAUCGUUGUAUAUAUAAAAAGUACUUCAUGUCAAAUGUGUUUACCAUACUUCAUGGGGCGUCCAUCUAAUUCGGCCAUGACAAUAGUGAAUGGACAAGGUCUAAGACUAUAUGAAAAACGGGAGUAUACUAUAUAAAAAGUAGUCACUAAAACUUUGAAAUUUUUGAAGAAGAGUCUCAACAUCGUUUCUCAUUGAAAUAAAAAUUGGUCAAUGGCUAAAAAAAUGGUUUUAGAAAAAAUUCCAUCAGGGUAAACGGGGGUGUAACACAGGAGUCAUGAUAAAUAUUUUUGGUCAUAGGCCGGAAAAUAUUCCUAUAGCGAUUCGGAGAACGCAGUUUGAUGAUUGAAUGUUACAUUGUUGAUAAUGGCUGAGGUUAUGGUAAAGGAACUUAUGUGGAGUUUAUUUCAUCGGUUCAAUCUGUUUUGCAAUUCUCAAUAGAAAUGGGUUCGUGUGCAGCUUGUUCUAGUCACUGAUGUGUGUCUUCUCUGGCAAGUGCACUCAUGGUUCAGUGGUCAGGAGCCGAGAUAAUGUUUUGUUCGCACCUUCAAAAAGUUAUCGGUUUACAAAAUUCUUGUUUCAACACUGAUGAUAAACUUUGGAAAGUUUGAGCUGGCAAAUGGGUAAUUUAAUAUUUGUGUAUGGUGUGUAUAGCCAUCAAUGGUAUUUGUUCAGUGACGUUGGGUCGACAUAUUGUGAGUUGUAGGUUAUUUUCUGUUUUGCUGAGGACUAAUGGCUAAGCAUACUUAAGGGGACAUUGUUUUGGAACAGUGAAUUUAAAACUCUGUGCUUCAUUGUACUUUGACCUCUUACAGACAUGAUAUUGUAAAAUUAAUUGUUACUGUUUUUCACGUAGUUUUCAACAACUGUAAUAUUACAUAAAGAUUUUCGUUCAUUUUUUUUUUUAUCAGGGUGUUGUAAUGCCUGCAAAAUGUCAUGAAAACGGCUUCUGUUAAAGUGCAGAUUUUUAGAAAAAAUAGUAUUUUUGAGGUUUUGUAAAGAAAAUCAUGAUCUAACAAUUAUGAGUAUUUUCAUAAGUUUUGUCAGGGAAAAUCUCAAGCUGUGAUCAGUUUUGUUUAACAUUGAUUCCUGUUUAAGAUUCUUCUUGUUGUCUCAUUAUCUAAUGAAAGUAUUGUGAUUGUUAGAUCUCAUAUUCCAUGUUUAAAUUAUUUGAAGAAAGAUCUAUCCUUUCGAUAUAAAUGACUUCAGUUGAAUAUUUAUUGGUUAAUAUAUGGCAUAAUCAGCGAGUACACACUACAUAAGAUAUGGAGGGCUAUUAAAGGAUUCUUCCCUUCAAGAAUGGCUUCAGGUCUUUCUGUACACUUCUGCUGCUCAGUCUUAAUCUUUGUUUAACUGGCGUUUGAUUUUCACACUAGUUGCCGUCCAUGCACUCGACAGAGCCAUCUGUCCAGCUAGUGGUCAAGGACUUAAAGAGCUCAUUUCUCAGUCUCUUGGCGGUAAGAGGUCUGGUUUUUUGUUCUGCAAAGUUUCUUAUUUCUGUUGCAUAUGUGUUAGAAGACUUGACUAUUGUUGGGAGAUGUAUGAUUAUUGCCAUACUAAUAUCAGGACGUAUACUGGUGACAGCUCAACAUUCCAGGAAGCUAAGGGUACAAAGAUGUGAUGGACUGGCUAGCUUUGUCACUAUUUAGAUCUGAAGGUGAUAUUUCUUGUUGAAUUAUCCCACUGCCAUGGCCUUAAAGUGUUUCAAAAUAAUAUCACAAACUAUGGAUCCCAUUAUCACAAUGCUGUGUCAUUGCUGUGAGUGUUGGAAGAUUGUUAAUGCACUUUUUUCGACAAUUAUAUCUGAAUAGGCUUUAUGAUAGUGGGUUCCGAAUAAUUAAAUAACAACCCUAAUGUGUCCAAAUUCACCUAAUUUAGAGAAAACAGUCUAAUUACAACAAUAAUAUCUCAACAUAAAUUAUGUAGUGUCUACUGCCGUCUACUGUCUACUAAUUUAGAGAAAACAGUUGAAUCUAAUUACAACAAUAAUAUCUCAACAUAAAUUAUGUAGUGUCUACUGCCGUCUACUGUCUACUAAUUUAGAGAAAACAGUUGAAUCUAAUUACAACAAUAAUAUCUCAACAUAAAUUAUGUAGUGUCUACUGCCGUCUACUCUCUACUAAUUUAGAGAAAACAGUUGGAUCUAAUUACAACAAUAAUAUCUCAACAUAAAUUAUGUAGUGUCUACUUUUAAAAUAGGGUAAGAUAUAGAAAAUUGGAAUAUUGGCAGUGAAGCUGUAAUGGUUGAGGUGGGCCUUGUGGAUUAGUGAGCUAAUAUGUACACACACUCUAUAUACAUGUACACUUGUGUCACAACUACGUAAUACUCUGACUUCCAUUUAGGCCCACUUUCACGCAAAUUAUACCCGUUCUCCGUAGAACCUGUGAUUAGUGUCGUCGCUGUUUUCCAGUGGAUUGUGGAAGUUGGAAUUAUUCUUCGAAGUCAGAUUCUUAUAUUUGGAACAGAUUUUUCAAUUUCAAUUGUGAAUUAUUUUGUCAAAUUCUAAUAUUUCAGAUCUUGAUUUUGUUGUUGGUAUUUUUGAAAAAGGUUUCACUGACAGUUGGUUGAAAAUGAAAAGAUGGUUUGGUAAUAUGAUGCCUGUCGGUUUUGGUCCGUGUUUAGUUUCUUUUUAUAUCUAAUACAAUUUGAAAGUAACUUCUUAUGAAUUUGUGAAAUUACAGAGAAAAAUGGUUCCAAACAAAAUGAAAUUUUGUAGAAAUGACGGCAAACCAGAUGAAUUAUUUCUGUGAAGGUGUUUAGAGUGUUAAUAAUUAUGUAGGAUGAAGUAUAGUGCGUGCUGGUGUUGUAAGAUAUGUUUCGUCACGUCUAUGGGUAGAGCAUAACAAGUUGCCAAUGAAAUGUUGAAUGUGGCUGACAGCAUUUCACUGACAGGGCUUAUCUUGGUGUCAUUCAUUUCUAAAGGAAAAAUCAUGCUGUCAUAGCUAAAACAGACUAUAUCAAUAUCAUGAACUCAUAUUUUACAUUGCAGCAAUCAGUAUUUCAUUUCACAAUUUUAGUUGUCACAUUUUAAAAUGGCAGUCAUUGAUUUUAACAGAAACGAUGUUGUUGCAGUUCCCAGUGGAAUACAGUAGAGUUGAUGCUAUAAAAACCAUCUCUCCAUAGUUGCUAUUGUUGUUUGUGCAGAUUAUUCAAUGAAAACAUGACAUGAACUCUUCACAUUUAAUGAUUAUAGUGCUGAUUUUGAUGAUAGUUCAACAAAUAAUUCAAAUGGUAUUUUCUCUCUCCGUAAAGUGAUUGUAUUUGUUGAGUUUUUUGACUAUUUCAUAGCCAGAUAGCUUUUUUUCUGUAAUUGAAUUCCAGUGUGUAUUUGAUUUGUUUUAAUAGUUUCUAUCCACCCUGUACUGAAGAAGCUUGGUAUGGGCAGAGUGAUAAUAUUCCUAAUUAGGGCUAUUAAAUUAUGCUGCUGGGCCCUGAAGGAGGAUAAGUAGUCUGAGGCAAUGUGGGGGCUGGUGAGUACUUCUGAAGGGCCCUGAUAUUGUGUACAUAAUCUUGGUUAGCAUGGGCAUUGAGGGGAGAUCCCCAGGAGCUAAGUGACUGUGGAGACUAUAAUGGGGAUGUGUAGUAGUUGGGCGGGGCUUGUUGAUACAUUACUGACCUUCCCUCAGGUCGGUGAGUAAUGUGUGCAGGUCCUGUCAGAGGAUAUGUAACCAUCAUGCUUGAUUAUCGCAGUUGUCGUAUACAGAGUUAGGGCUGUUCAGGGACGCAACAGUGCCCCGAUUUGGGAUAUUUUACAUUUUGCUCAGUCUCUGUGGAGCAUGAUCAUUGGUGUUCAACAGAACCAGCAUCUCUAAUUUGAAUAGGGCAAACAGUAGACUUCUUAAGACGUCUAUAUGUAGUGAUACUUUACUUCUCUGUAUUUCUAUGCAUAUGUCAAAAUUACCAGUACCCAACUUAAUAUUUCCGUGAAUUCUUUCAUUUUCCAAUAAUCAAUGAUUUCAUUGUUUUGGGUGACAAUCAGAACCUAUUUUCUGUUAAGUCUUGGCCGAGACUGUAAAAGUACAUUCAUCAUACAUGACAUGGUGGCAUUGCGUGCCAUUCAGUUUCAUGAGCGGAUCCAUCAUUAAGAGUAGGUCAUUCAUGAGUGAAGAAAUUGCACAAGUACUUCUCAGGAAUGGAGCAAUAAGACAUCUCUUCAUUUGCUAGCGUGUUGAUCAAUAUGACGUUGCAUCGGUGAACAGACCUAUGGUGCCAAGAUUUACAGUUAACCCUUUCACUUCUGAAUCAAUCUUUUAUAAGUAGCUUCGGUUUCGACACUUAUUUCAUCAUGAUAACCCUUUUCUUGUCAAAUUGAAGGCUCUAUUUGAAGGUCAAGUUGAAGGUCAUGGAAUGUUUUGUUAUUGACACAGCAUUUGACCCGGGGUCAAGGUCAAUCAUCAAGUAUUACAGAGCUAGUCCUGGCCUAUGCAGAGGUCACUUAUAUUGGGUGCCUGGAGUUAUCUUGGAAAUCCAAUUGCAUUUUAGUGCUAACUUAUGAAUGUGUGAUAGGCCAUGACAUGAGUGUCUCUGAACAUAGUGAUGAGCUCAGGAGCAUUUUAUCAGUAUGGAAUUGAGUUUGAUUAGUUGGUUCUUGUUCUUCGUCUGUUUUAAUCCAUCACAUAUCAGCUUUGGAAUGGUGCUAGUGAAUGAUGAGGCGAACAUCAUUUCAUUUUCAUCACGAUGAGUUGACAAUUUGUCAGCUUUGUGGUCAUUUGUGUACUCAAGCUAAGUUUUUGUGAACAAAUAUAUCCCUGGACUUUGACAUUAUGUCAUAUGCUUUGAUGAAUGCCACAGAAAAGAAUCCCAGUUAUUUUAAUUGGAAAGUAAGGAAUUAUGUUAGCACAUGUUGAUUGUAUACACUACUGAACACAGCAGUUGAUUUCAUUUCAUUGUCAUGAGUAUGGUCCAAGCUCAAAUCACCUGAGAGAAGUGUCAUGGCCGCUGUAGACUCUAAUAGCAGACGUGAGCGUUGUGAUCCUUCUGAAAGCAGGGUGCUUUGAAUGGGAGUUGUGAGGGGUUGGGAGUUAGAGUUAGGAGUUACAUCAAACAAAAACACUCAAUUUGCAAACAAAUUCUGUCCAGGAAGCAGCUAGCUUUCACUACAAACAUUUUGUUUGGCAAUGUUUGGUAAUGUUGGACUUCAGUCCAAAGAUUUGGUGCUGACUUUGCAAUGAUGAAAUGCGAUGCAAAAAGUUUAAAAUCGGAUAUGACAUGGUGGGUCAAAUUAUGUAAUGGUCACACAGUGUCUGAUGUCAGCCCCACCUGAAGUCAGCAGGAUGAGCUAAGGGCAGUUAACUCUGAGUCUGAUCGAGAAGGACAUGGAUUGUUGGUGCAGUGUGCUGAGAUGCAUGGAGUCAUGAGUGUGGUAAGCUCUGUAAUGUUGAUAACUUUGUCCUACGGGGUCUUCAAAUAAUUUUUGAAGAAAAGAUCUGUACAGAUUUAUUGAGCAAUUGUAAAAUAUGAGAUUGUAUUUUUAUGGAAAUAAAGGUAAAAAGUACCUGUA